AUGGAUCACUCACCAAGUGUGGAAUCGGCCCUGGACUCUAUGGCAGCGGAUCCGCGCGACCCAGAGCCUCCAGAGGAAGGCAGGAAUGUUAACAGAGCGUCUAUUCUGUCGUCCUCGUUUAACCUUUCCAAUACCGUUCUUGGUGCAGGCAUUUUGACUCUACCUUACAAUCUCAUGAAUUGCGGCUGGCUCCUGGGGAUGUUCUUCCUUGUGCUUAUUGGUGUCUCUUCUGCGCUGUCAUUUUACCUUCUUACCGUUGCUUCAGACGUCACAAAGAUGUACCAGUAUCGGGAUAUUGCUCGUGUGCUGUAUAAACCGUGGUUCAGCCACCUUGUUGCUGUUAUGGUCGCCAUUUAUACUCUGGGCACCAUUGGGUCCUACUCCAUAGUUCUGCGGGACAACAUGUUCUGGUGGGCUGAGGACACGCCAGCCAAUGCAUCAAACAAGAGGGGGAUGCUUUGGGCGAUGGUCUGCCUGAUAGUCUUUCCCUUAAGUCUCCUCCCACGCAUCGACUUCCUAAACUUUACGUCUCUCGUGGCCAUAGUGAGCAUCCUUUAUAUCAUUUUCGUUGUCGUUGGGUUCUUCGUUCUCACAACUUUUGAUAAAACCAAGUAUAUCGCUAAGGGGCCCCCACAAGUCUUCAAUUGGUCUAUCAACGCGCUGACAUCCUUUCCUCUUUUCACAACAGCAUUCUGUGGUCACUAUAAUAGCCUGAACAUCUAUAAGGAGCUCAACAACAGGUCCAUCAAGCGCAUGAACAUAGUGAUAUGCAUUACGGUUAUCGUUACGUCGUUAUUCAACUCUGUAAUGGCUCUCUUUGGGUAUUUUACCUUCACAGACCUUUUGCACUCCGACAUACUGAAGAACAUAGCUGAGAUUCCAGGGGCUUCGGUGAUCUUCUACAUCGCUAACUCUGCUAUGAUACUUGUGAUGCUUUUUUCCUAUCCUCUAUUAUGCUAUGGCCUCAGGUGUACCAUAGAAUCUAUGUUUUAUUCGCCUGGCCAGAAGAUUCCCUACAAGUGGCGUCUGCUUAUCAUAAUGUUCAAUGUCUUUCUCCCCGCUAUCGUUGCAACGUUCGUUGAUAGCAUUGCCGACAUUCUUUCAUUUACAAGCAGUCUCUGCGGAUCUCCAAUGGUGUUUAUUUUUCCAGGAAUGUUUGGCUACAGUGUCACAAAGCGUUUUGGUGGUCCCAAGCAUAGAUACAUCUCGUCCUUGAGUAUUAUAGUCUUGGGGAUCUUUUACACCAUCUCCGGAUUUGGAUCGGCUGUGUACUCUGUUGUAUCUAGGUGA